GGCGGGCCCCGUGCGGCGGGCGGGCGCAGAGCCGGGCGUAUGAGGCAGCCCGCUCCGCCGCCGCCGCCGGCCGCGCUGCGGGAUGUGGUGCUGGACGUGCCCCCGGCGCUGAGCGCCCGCCCCGCCGCCAUGGGAGGGAGCGGCAACGGCGCCGCGCUGCCCGAGCGCCUCCGCCUGCCCGUCUGCUUCCUCGGCGUCUUCGCCUGCUACUUCUACUACGGCAUCCUGCAGGAGAGCAUCACACGGGGACGGUACGGGGAAGGCGCAAAGCAGGAGAAGUUCAAGUACGCCCUGACUCUGGUCUUCAUCCAGUGCGUGAUCAACGCCGCCUUCGCCAAACUCCUGAUCCAUUUUUUCGAUGCCGUCAAAGCAGAUCGCACACGGAGUUGGCUCUACGCCGCCUGCUCGCUCUCCUAUCUGGGCGCGAUGGUCUCCAGCAACUCGGCGCUGCAGUUUGUCAGCUACCCGACUCAGGUCCUCGGCAAAUCUUGUAAGCCCAUCCCAGUCAUGCUUUUAGGAGUGACUCUGCUGCGGAAGAAGUAUCCCCCGGCCAAGUAUCUCUGCGUCCUCUUGAUAGUCGCAGGCGUGGCCCUGUUUCUGUACAAACCGAAGAAGGCGGCUGGGAGCGAUGACCACGUCUUUGGCUACGGAGAGCUCCUUCUGCUGCUGUCGCUGACCUUGGAUGGGCUGACUGGUGUCUCACAGGACCACAUGAGAGCUCACUACCAGACGGGUUCCAACCACAUGAUGCUGAACGUUAAUCUAUGGUCCACCUUAUUCCUGGGGGCUGGGAUAUUGUUCACUGGAGAGCUCUGGGAGUUCUUGAGUUUUACGGAACGCUACCCCAGCAUCAUUUACAAUAUCCUACUGUUUGGCCUGACGAGUGCGCUGGGUCAGAGUUUUAUUUUCAUGACCGUGGUAUACUUCGGACCUCUGACUUGUUCCAUCAUCACCACAACCCGCAAGUUCUUCACCAUUUUAGCGUCGGUCAUUCUAUUUGCCAAUCCCAUCAGUACGAUGCAGUGGGUGGGGACGGUCCUGGUGUUCUUGGGCCUUGGACUUGAUGCCAAAUUUGGAAAGGUAGUAAAGAAGACAUCGCAUUGAGGAAAUGGUUGAUCUCAGCAGUUGGAAUGAACUUUUAAUUUAUUGUCUUGUACCUCAAAAUCUGUUAUGAAACUGGACUCAGGAUAGGUAAUCAGAAGGGGAGUGUGUGGAAUUUUUUUUGUUUUUUAAUUCUAAAUUGUCUUAAAAGUGUAAUACAUUAGUUUUAACUGUAAUUAAGUUUGGGUUUUUUUUCUGUAAUCAAAGCUGCGUUACUAGAUCCUAGCAGCAGGAUGAAAUUCUUGCCUUAACAGGAAAAAAACCUUCAUAUCUUUAUUAAAGAAAAACAGACAAUGGCCACUUUUCCAGAACUUUAAUUUUGGUAUCGUUGGCUGAUCUUGGGCAGAAACAGCACACCUCUCGCCCAGGAGAGGGAUAGUCUUAGAAUGAUGUUCGUUCUUUGGUGCGCCCUGGAAAGAUCCCUGGAUUAAAUGCCUGUGUUGAAGACAA